AUGGGGCCUGGGUGUGCCGGCGUCCUGGGCUGGCUCCUGCUGGUGCAGGCAGCAUUGCAAGCAGCAGGCGGCCGGCCCUGCGAUGCCAAGGACUUUGGUCACGGCUCACUGGUGUGCGCCUGCAGCGCCACGUACUGCGACACGCUGGACCCCGUGGUCCUGCCGGCCCUGGGCACCUUUGUGAAGUAUGAGAGCAGCAAGGCCGGCAAGCGGCUGGAGCGCAGCGAGGGGAGCUUCCAGCGCAACGCCAAGACCCCAGAGUUCCAUCUCACCCUGGACAUGGCGCAGCGGUACCAGAAGGUGAAGGGUUUUGGUGGGUCUGUCACAGAUUCAGCUGCCAUCAACAUCCAGUCUCUGUCCAAGGAUGCCCAGAACCACCUGCUCCGCUCCUAUUUCUCCGAGGAAGGCAUCGAGUACAACCUUGUGCGUGUCCCCAUGGCCAGCACUGACUUCUCCAUCCGCCUGUACACCUAUGCUGAUGUGGAGGGCGACUUUGAGCUGAAGCACUUCAACCUGACAGAAGAGGACACGCAGAUGAAGAUCCCCACGCUCCGGGCAGCCCAGGCGGUGGCCAAGCGGCCGUUGUCACUGUACGCCAGUCCCUGGACCUCCCCAGUCUGGAUGAAGACAAAUGGUGCGAUGACAGGGAGGGGGACACUGAAGGGCAGCCCUGGGGACAAGUACCACCAGGCCUGGGCCAAGUAUUUCAUCCGGUUCCUGGACGAAUAUGCCAAGCACAACUUGACCUUCUGGGCAGUGACGGCGGGGAACGAGCCCACGGCCGGCGAGAUUGUCUUCUACCCCUUCCAGUGCCUGGGCUUCUCCCCUGAGCACCAGCGGGACUUCAUUGCACGGGACCUGGGCCCCACGCUGGCCAACAGCUCCCACCGUGAUGUCCGGCUCAUCAUCCUGGACGACCAGAGGGUGAUGCUGCCCUACUGGGCCCAGGUGGUUCUCAAAGACCCUGUGGCUGCCAGCUACAUCAGCGGCAUUGGCAUCCACUGGUACCUGGACUUCCUGGCGCCCAUCGACCUCACGCUCUCCAUCACCCAUCAUCUCUUCCCGGACUAUUUCCUCCUCUCCACAGAGGCCUCCACCGGCUCCUACUUCUGGGAGCCCAGGGUGGUGCUGGGUGGCUGGGACCGUGGGAGCAAGUAUAGUCACAGCAUCCUGACGAACCUCAACAACUAUGUGACGGGCUGGACCGACUGGAACCUGGCCCUGAACCUGGAGGGGGGGCCCAACUGGAGCAAGAACUACGUGGACAGCCCCAUCAUCGUGGACAGCAGCAAGGAUGUCUUCUACAAGCAGCCCAUGUUCUACCACCUGGGACACUUCAGCAAGUUCAUCCCCGAGGGCUCACAGCGCAUGGGGCUGGCUGUGUCCAAGAAGUGCCGCCAGUGUGAGCUAGAGCACUCGGCUUUCCUGCGCCCUGACGGCGCCAUCGUCCUGGUGGUCUUGAACCGCUUCCCUGUGGACGUGUCCUUCGGGAUCUCUGACCCACAAGUUGGCUUCAUUGAGGCCAUGGCUCCUGGUGACUCUAUCCAGACAUUCCUGUGGAAGCAGCCAGCCUAG